GUGAUUUGCAAUCGAAAUAACGAAAAUUUAGUUUUAGUUUACGGAGCGCUUUAAAAACUAAAAUUUGUUAGUUUAGUUCAUAAUGGAUGUCAUAUGGAAAGAAAACAACAUUUUUUACAACGUUUUGUGUGUUUUAAUAACUGAAAAUGAAAAAUUAUUCGAUAGAAGUGAUGCUAGAUUAUACUGGAAAACAGUGUACCAUAUGUUUUUGAUAUUGCACCAUUUUUAUGUUGCUAAUAUUGGGGCCAGUUUAAAUAUGGACAUUGAUCAUGCGGAUAUCAGGAAAUUGAAGAAGUACAGAGUGGCGUAUUUAACUGGGUGGAAUUUUUCGUUCCAGACCAUGUUCCUCGGUCUCGCUCUGCUACACGACAUGUUACGUUGGUUAGACAAGCACGACAGCAAGCUGGGCAGGAGGAUCAAAUACUUCCGUGACGUCAUAUUCAAUGGGCUGGUCUUCCCGUUUACAUGUUUCGUCACCGGAAUGUUCUGGUGCGUGUACCUCAUCGACCGCGAGCUGGUCUUCCCCCAAGUGUACGACCAGAUCGUGCCCUGGUGGCUGAACCACUGCGUCCAUACCAAUAUCUUCAUCGUGAUCGCUAUAGAGACGCUUCUUACCAGACGGAGGCAGCCGACCGAUGUGAAGGUCGAGAGGUGUUUGUGGGUGUUUGUGUCCAUAUUCUACGCAGUUGUAUACUACUCUGUAUAUUUCUUCGGUGGCUGCUGGCUCUACGGGGUCUUCGGUAUCAUGACCUGGUGGCAAGUCUGCCUCUACCAGACCGGCAUCUGGUGUUCCACCUGGGUCUUCUACAAUCUCAACUUUAUCGUCAACAAAAUGAUCCACAAAGAAGGAGACGUUACCCCAAAACCAUCGAUCAGUGGUGAUCUAGAAUCUAGAGAAACUAAAUUCCAAAACGCAAGUAGAUCUGAAGGAGCUGUUGAGACUGGUUCAAGUAAAAUUAGAAAAGAUGUUGAGCUAAAUAGUACCAAAGAUAAAAGUGGAAUGGCAAAUGCAGCAUAUUUAAAUGAUAAUGAUACAGAAAAUGACAAGAAAUGGAAAUCAAUAGGUGUCAGUAAAAAUGAUGCCAGUCUAAGUCAGUCUUUAGAUAAAUCAACUGGUACAAAUUUUAAAAGAAACCAGUUUGAGAAGUCCAGUUUGUGAUUUGUUAAAUAUUAAGAUUAUCUGUACUAGGUUCUGUAUAUAAGAGCUAGAAUGACCUAAGAUCUGGUAAUAUUCAAUGCCUAAGCACUCCAAAGGAUCAAGCAUGUAACUUUAAUUUGAGUCACUUUCCGUUGUCUGAUCGAAUUGAAGUUACGCAAAUUGAAUUAAGAGUGUGUUCAAAAUUCAUUAAUUAGCACCUAAUUAAGCUUAAUUUUUGUCAAGUGUUCUGUGAUUAAUAAUGGUGAACCUUUAGGAGUUUAGCGUAUUGAUUAAAAUGUAAUAUCUGGCACGAUGAGAGACCGAUAACUGUCGAAUAUCUAACAAGCGAAAAGAGAGCACAAUUAAAAUAAGGGUUCCUUUUUACCUUUUUGGCACGGAAUCCUAAAAAGACAAGUGCGAGUCGCACUCGCCCAACGAGGGUUCCGUACAAAUAUAACUUAUGUUUUAUAUUAGUUCUUCUUCUUGUUGUGCCAUGUCAUCACCUGACGUCGGCGCCCAUCUCUCGGAACUUAUUUCUAUCUUUUGCCAUUCUGCUCAGGUUGGUUGGUUUAUAUUAUUUAUUUUUUUACAAAUUUAUAGUUUUCAGAUUUUUCCCUUUACUUGUAUAAGACGACAUUACUUGACAAAUUUCACAGUUCUAGGUCAACAGAAAGUACAGUCAACCAAUUUGAUUCCUAGGCCACUAUAAAACCAUGCCAUAAUGACUUCUACGACAGUGCUGAUUGAGUGAUGCGUGUCAAGUAUCUAGUAGUUAAAGCGACAAGGUUCUAUAGUGGCCUAGGAUUCUAAUUGGUGACUGUACCUUAUACAUUUUGCUUCCCUUGAUAGUGUUGAAAUAUACGUUUUUGCGGCGUAAACGGCCGUAUCUUUUUAAUGUCAACUAAGAAGUUUGAUUUUUUCACAGCUUCAAUUGACUGUAGCCAUAAGUUUAAAUUUUAACUCGAUAUAUCUACGCAUUCCCGAGAUAAAGGGCCUUGACAGACAUACUGACAGUAAAGUGAUCCUGCAAGGGGUACGGAACCCUAAAAAAGAAACAAAUGUUUUGGUUUUGCUUCCUUUUCCUCUACGCAAUGCAAAAAAGGUAGAAUUUUGAAUUAAGUGUGUCAAAAUAUAUGUUUAGAUUUAAUGUAACAAAUGAAAUGGAAUACCUAAUUGAAUUUAUGUAAUUAUAAUAUUAAGUUGUACAUGUUUAAUUGUGAAUGGAUUUUUAAUAAUUAUUUUAUAAAUUUAUUUAGAAAUUUUAAAAA